GUCAAGAGGACCGACAUCUUUAAAAUCACCGAUAUGAAAAACAAUCGCCGAUAAUUGUGGCUGAGUUGAAACUAAAUGCAACCUACUGGCGCCAAAAAGGUGGAAGGGAGGAGGAAGCGAGGAGGAUGCAGGAGGAAGAGAGGGGGAAGCGGAAAAGACGAAGAGCUCCACUAGGUCAUGAUCAAGAUGGGAGGCCUCGGGCGGUUUUCAUGGCAUUUGGAACUAAGGGGGACGUUCUGCCUGUGGCGGCCAUUGCUGCUGCUCUUGCUAGAAAUUUGGAGAACUAUCAUGUUUUUUUAAUUACUCAUACAACCCAUGAGUAUCUGAGCAUGCACAUGUUAGCAGAAAAAGUUUCCUUUGUUCCCAUAUCAACACCACCUGUCCUUUCAAUGCAGGAACAUGAUGAUGAUGAUUUAUCUUUCUCUUCCCGGAAGGUGGCCAUUGAUGAGAGACACAAAUUGGAAUGCCUUUCUGCAGUAGAGAGUGUGUUUGAAGAAAGCUCAUAUUUGACUGGAGAUUUUAUUGCAAUGAACUUCUUUGCUUUGGAAGGCUGGCAUCUUGCUGAACUAUUUCGGGUUCCUUGUGUUGUUACUGCACCUUAUGUUGUUCCAUACAGCAUGCCUUCAUCAUACGAGAGCCGAUUUGAAAAUGAUUUUCCACUUCUAUUUAGAUGCCUCCAAGAUGCUCCGCCAGGCAAGGUUAGCUGGAAAGAUGUGACCCACUGGAUGUGGCCACUUUUUACAGAAAAUUGGGGAUCUUGGAGGAGCCAGUGUUUGAGGCUUAGUGCUUGUCCUUUAACGGAUCCUGUUACUGGCCUUCCAAUGCUGCAUGAUUGGCCGCAGUCUCCAUUGCUUCUAUAUGGAUUCAGCAGGGAAAUUGUGGAGUGCCCUGACUACUGGCCAUCAAGUGUUCAUGAUUGUGGGCUUUGGUUUCCACCUUUGAAGUGGGAAUUUUCAUGCACCAACUGUGGACAAAGUGCAGCCAGAUUCCCUUCAGAAGAAUCUGCUAUGAAUCUUAAGCUAUGCAUGAACCAUAGUGCUCUGCAGAACUUUCUUGAGGAAAAAUCAGGAACCUGCUCACCAAUAUUUAUAGGAUUGAGUUCAAUAGGAAGGAUGGGCUUUAUGAGAAAACCAGAAGCAUUUCUUUCGGUCCUUAAGGUCGUUUUAGAGAAUACAGACCACCGGGUGAUCCUUUUCUCUGCUGGUUAUGAGCCACUAAAUAACAUUAUCAGAAGGGUCCACCGAGAAUCUUCGAAGUAUGAGGCAAAGCAGAAAUAUCUGAUUGAAGAUGGCAUUCUACUUUUUGAUGAUAAACUCUUCUGUUUUUCUGGUUCUAUACCAUACAAGUGGGUCUUCUCAAGGUGCUCCAUUGCCGUACAUCAUGGUGGCAGCGGAUCAACAGCUGCAGCACUAUCGACGGGCAUACCACAGAUUUUGUGCCCCUUCAUCCUAGAUCAAUUUUACUGGGCAGAAAGAAUGUCCUGGCUUGGGGUUGCACCAGACCCAUUAUCGAGGAGCUUCUUGAUUCCAGAUGAAGAUGAUCAUAUCAGCAUCAGUCAAGCUGCAAAUGCAUUGAUCCAAGCUAUAAGAUCUGCAUUGUCUGAUGAAAUCAAAACUCGUGCUUCAGAAGUUGCUCAAAAAAUAUCUAAGGAGGUAUGGGGAAGAGAGCACAAUCCCAUUAAAUUCAGGAUGGAAUCGGAAAAGCUCUGAGAAUUCUCAAAGAGUCUGGUAUCUGUUUGGCUGCAAAGUAGAAAGCUGUUAUUUGACCAAAUGCAAGAUUUUGAGUGAUUUUUCCUUUGUACUGUGAGGAAACUGACUCUACAUUAGGGUUCCCUGUGCACUGUGAGGGAACUAACUCUACAUGGCGGUUCCCUGGGUUAUUCAAUUUGUAAUUUCACUUUGGAGGUGCCACUCGAGGAACUUUCCAAGGUUGUCUCUUUUCAAUUGUUUUGUAACGUUCAGAGUGUCAGUUGCAGUUCUUGAUCCGAGAAAAAAUGUUCAAUCUGGUGCAAUAUAGUUUGAGCCAAUUAUGGGUCCGCAAACAGUGUCGUCUGCAUAGUUGCUCGGUAUUUAUUGAGAACACGAGUAUCCUAUUUCAGUGCACAUAUUAAUUUUGGGGUUAUGUGUUGGAAAGUGGUUCA